GAAGGCAAGUGCGCGCGUGCGUGAGCCAGCCUGCGUGUGUGGGUGUGUGUGUGAGAGUGUGGGAGUGUGUGUGUAUGCGUGAGAGAGAGGGAUAGAGAGAGAGGGAGAGAGAUGUGCAGGUGCAGGUGGUGUUGGUGGUGGUGCUGAUGAUGAUGGUAGUGCUGAUGAUAAUGAUGAGAGAUCCUGUUGAACGGAGACGCCGCGCGCACAGGCAGCAGCAGCAUCAGCAUCAGCAGCAUCAUCCCUAUCAUCCCUCGAAGGCGCGCACGAGCCCAGUCUGAAGGGUGGUGAGAUGCUCUGCGGGGGGCGCGGCUGCUGUUGCUUUCCCAGGGAUUUCGGGCGCGAGGGCUCCGUCACGAGCCCCCCCAUCACCCCAACAUCUUCCGGGAACUGGGCUGGAGGUGGAAGCUGCUGAGGAGGAGCCGUCCUCAUCCUUCUUUGGCGCGCGCUUCAUCUGUUGCUGGCGUCUAAAGAACCCAGUGAUUCAUUCACAGCCACUGGAGGGGCAGAGGAGAGCGCGCGGCAACCACCCCCCCACCCCCAACACAGCAACCCAACCCAACGCGCACAACACAUGCACACACCUCCCUCAGCGGAGAAAGGAUGAUAAUGAUGAUGAUGAUGGCAACCACAGAUCUCUAACCGGGGGACUGGUCUGGACGUCUCGCCCUCCCUCGUGCACGUGCGCAAUCUCAGGUGACUGUGAGAGGGACAUUGACUGGAGCAGAAGUGGAGUAAAGGAGGGGUUCAGACAUUUUCUUGCUCUUUUUGAUCUUAUGGAGGGAGUGCGUGCGUGCGCGCGUAUUCGGACACAUACCGACCCCCUCGUGGACUUACCACACCGUUUCCAAGACUUUGAACAUGCAAGAGCGCGCGCGCCACUGUAAAGUCUGCGCUUUGUGACUUUUUUAAAAAAAAAAGAGAGCCCACCACAACAAACAGCGCGCGCGCGUUCCUGUGGAUCCCUUAAUGCGCUCGGGAACCUCGCAGCGGCCAACUCUCCAAAGACUGCGCUGAUCCACGAUCAGCGCGUGACGGUGGAGCGAGAUGGAGUUCGCCAUGGUGGGCGCAGAUAGCGGCGGCUGCAACCCGCACAUGCCGUAUGGCUACGCGCAAGCCCGCGCCAGGGAGCGGGAGCGCGAGCGGGAGAGGCAUUCUCGCGCGGCGGCUGCGGCGGCGGCCGCUGCUGCCGCAGCGGCGGCGGCGGAUAGCGGCGCGACCGGAGAGGGAGGCGGGACCGGCGGGACCUGCAUCCACGGCCAGCAGCAUCAGGUUCGCACCGCCUCCUCCGGGACGGCGAGCGGCAACGGCGCCUCGCGCCCCUCCUCCUCCUCAUCCUCCACCUCCACUACCAACACCUCCUCCUCCUCCUGUUGCUGCUCCAACUCCUCCUCCUCCUCUCAGCAGCAGCAACAGCAACAAACGCCACAACAGCAGCAGCAGCUUCAGCAGGCGCAGCCGCAAGUUCUCCGCGAGCGGAAAAAAGCGCGUGGCGUCGCGCGCUGGAGGCGCCCGCGCGCGCACCUGGGUGGCGAUCUACGCCACUCGGAGCUGGCGCUUCUGGGCUCCGAAGAGGACGUAAUGAUCGAGGAGGAAGAGGAGGAGGCGGCGGGCGACGAAGAGUACGACGCGGACGAGCAUGUGGCGGACGAUGUGAAUGACGCCACUCUGGACGAGGACGAGGACGACGAUGACGAGACCGCCUCACUGACGGGAGGCCGGCCGCGAGCGGGCUACGGACGCGGGGCGCGCGGGUCGCGCGGCGUGCGCGGUGGACUCGGCGGGCUCGACGACCGCGUUGGUGCCGGCGGCUGCUGCGAGCGCGUGGUCAUCAAUGUGUCCGGACUGCGCUUCGAGACGCGGCUCCAGACGCUGGCACAGUUCCCAGACACACUGCUGGGGGAUCCUGCCAAGCGCAUGAGGUACUUUGACCCCUUGCGUAAUGAGUACUUUUUUGACCGCAAUCGGCCAAGCUUCGAUGCCAUCCUCUACUUCUACCAGUCUGGUGGGCGCCUCAAACGCCCCGCUAACGUGCCGCUGGAUGUCUUCUCAGAGGAGGUCAAGUUCUACGAGCUGGGUGAGGAGGCCAUGCUUAAGUUCCGUGAGGAUGAGGGCUUCGUCAAGGACGAGGAGAAGCCGCUGCCCGAGGACGAGUUCAAGCGCCAAGUGUGGCUCCUCUUCGAGUAUCCGGAGAGCUCGAGUCCGGCACGUGGCAUAGCUGUGGUCUCCGUGCUCGUCAUCGUCAUUUCCAUAGUCAUCUUCUGCCUUGAGACUCUGCCUGAGUUUCGUGAUGAGCGGGAUGUACCCGGUGCUGCUGCUGCCGCAGCCACAGGUGCGCAUGUUGGUGCACAUGGAGUGAAUGGUACCCACGCCACAGGUGACGUAGGCUCUGAGACUGCAGCAUUCACGCCCUUCAAUGACCCGUUCUUUGUGGUGGAAACUGUGUGCAUAGUGUGGUUCUCUUUUGAAAUUGCUGUGCGUUUCUUUGCCAGCCCAAGCAAACCGGCCUUCUUUAAGAACAUCAUGAACUCCAUCGACAUCGUCUCCAUCCUGCCUUACUUCAUCACACUGGGCACGGACCUGGCGCAACAGCACCAACAGCAGCACGCACAGCAACAGGCCAACGGGCAGCACGCCAUGAGCUUCGCCAUCCUACGCAUCAUCCGCCUGGUGCGUGUCUUUCGCAUCUUCAAGCUGUCCAGGCACUCCAAGGGCCUGCAGAUCCUGGGGCACACGCUUCGCGCCAGCAUGCGUGAGCUGGCACUGCUAAUAUUCUUCCUGGUGAUUGGUGUGGUGCUCUUCUCCAGUGCUGUGUACUUUGCUGAGGCUGACGAGCCAGCGUCACAAUUCACAAGCAUACCUGACGCCUUCUGGUGGGCUGUGGUCACCAUGACCACGGUGGGAUAUGGUGAUAUGAAGCCCAUCACGGUGGGUGGCAAGAUUGUGGGUUCGCUGUGCGCCAUCGCUGGAGUACUGACCAUCGCCCUGCCCGUACCCGUCAUUGUGUCCAACUUUAACUACUUCUACCACCGCGAAACGGACAACGAGGACCAGACACAGACCGUGGAGUACCCACCGCCCGGCUGCCCUUACUUCCCGGACUUCCUGAGGAAGUUCAAGGGCUCUCCGUCGGGGUCCUCGCUGGGGGACAAGACAGCUGAGUACAUGGAGAUGGAGGAGGGGGUCACAGAGUCUCUGUGCGGGGUGGACAAACGAAGCCCCAGCAGGGGCAACGGCACGGACACGGGCAGGAAAAACAGCACCAAUUCCAGGAGCCUACAGACAGACGUAUGAUUAUGAAUGGCAGAGCUGUGGGUGAGCUUGUGAAAGGGUUAGGUUAGGAUGCAGUUAAAAAUAAAGGAGGAUUGCACAACUUAUUACUGAUCAGCAGCACACGUGCACGUGGCGUGCGUUUCAGGCACACGUGCAAGCAGAUGCAGAUGCACACGACGCAUAAACAUGCAUGCACGCACGCAUACAGAUACAGAUACACACUGACAUGUCAGCAAACCCACAGACACGCAUACAAACAAACAAACAUACAAACACAUAUGAUGCACAUAUGCACUUAUACAACAACAACAACACACGGGCACACGCGGGUACACGCAGGCAAACACAGGCACAUGUGGGCAUUCUUGCACGCACUUUCAGCACCCAAACACACACACAAAAACACACACUCACGCACGCACUCACGCAUCAUUUCUGUUGGACCUGAGCUGAAACAUUUUUGCAGCGUGGCUACUUUUCGUAGACAAACACACCCUGUAAUCAGACGACAGGCAGAGCAAAAAUCACCAGCUUUACGUGACACGCGAGAGGUGCGACGAGUAGUACUGGCCCACCUGUAGACUGUAGACCGAACUGAGCGGAACCCGGUUCAAAAGGAGCGCGAAACAAAGUAUUUUUGCAUAGGCACUUUAUGAGUUACAUUCGUCAGUAAUUGUAGAGGAAGAGGAAGCGAGCUGUUAUCGUAAUGCUAUUAUGCAAUAACGUUGAAAUCAUUUGCACUAUCAUUAAACUAUGUUCUAGUCUUCUAGUCUCCCAGUUUCCAGCAGUUUCCAGCUGUUUCCAGCAGAGAAUCAGAGAGAAAAUGAAAGAAAGAAAGAGAGAGAGAGAAAGAAAGAAGGAGUGAGAAAGAGAAUUCAAUAACUUAGUAACUUUGCUUUGAACCAAUACGUAGCUAGCUAGUUGUCGUAGAUGUGAACGAGCAGUCCAGCCACAGUUGUCCACUAUUGUCAUGUCCUGCUAUACCUUCUGUCAGUCACCUUCUUGUCAGUUCAGUAUGAAGUUCAUUUAACGGCAACAUGUCGCUCUUCUUAAGGCUUCUAUACUGAGACUACAGAGUCAGCCCCGCCAGUAAGAGCUACCACACUGACUGGCAAAGCUCCCGCAUAGUUCAACUCCCCCAUAGAUUAUAAGAGCUAGCAUUAGCGUUGUUCUUCAAUUAAUUCUUUAAUUUAACGAGCGUUAAACAAAUCAGUCAUCAUGCCACUGUUCACAAAGUCAGCGCUUCCAUUUCAGCCCAUCCUCCAUUCCAAUUAACUGGGAUUACCAUGUCAAGAUCAACUCUUAAGUCCACUUUAAACAAAAAAAAAAGUCUCUGGCGCCACGGCUACAAGGACUAUCCUGCCAAUGGAGUAUCUGCUGUUUCGUUGUUCUGCUGUUUCGGAAGGGAAUGCCUCAUGCAACUUUAUACACUCUCCGUCCCUUUAACCACAAAGACAAUGCAUCCCUUUACAAGGAUAGAAAGGACAAGCCGACAGGAGACCCACAUCAAAGCGGAAAAGAAAACGGGAAAAAAAAAUGAACAAGCUUGCUCGCCAGCCGGUCCUGUGGUGUACGUUUAUGCACAAAAAAGAGCAAAACGCAACCCCCCCACCACAUGCCUCCACUCCAGUGGGGCCAGAUCUGGCCUUCAUGGAGCGUGUAAGGACCACAAAUGUUCAGAGCAGAUCACUGUGCGAGCGCUGUGCAUGUUGACUGUGAAAGACCGA